AUGAAAGGAAUUUAGUUAUAGAACCAACUUAAAAAAGAUAAGAAGAUGAACAUUAAAAGUUUCUAUAUAGUCGGUUUAAUUGGUGAAGGUAUAUUUAUGAAUAAUAAUGAAGGUGCGUAUUCAGAAGUUUAUGAGGCUAUUUACUUAAAAAAUAAUAGAAAAGUAGCCAUAAAAAAGGUUUAUAAAGAAUCAAUUACACUGUCGAACAAAUAAUCAGAAAUUUAUAUUGAAAGACAUAUGAUGAAGUAGUAUUCACAAAAGUAUCCCAGUAAAAUUGAAUCUAAUUCAUUAGGUGUUGUUGAAUUUAUUGGAAGUUUUUAAGAUAAAUAAUACCUUUAUUUUGUAAGUGAGCAUUGUCCUUAUGGAGAUUUAGGAAAUAUUAUUUAUGACAUUUAUUAAAUUUACAGAAAUACUAGAUCUGAAGAACUUGAAUAUUUCAUUAAAGUUUACAUUUAUCAAAUAAUUUAAGCAAUAAUUUAUUUGCAUAAUGAAGGUAUAGCUCAUUUAGAUAUAAAACCUAAAAAUAUUUUAAUAGAUAAAAAUUACAAUCUAAAAUUGACAGAUUUUGCAACUUGCUUUUUUUUUGAAGAAAACAAAUAACCCCCAGAUUUAAUUGAUUAAAUAAAGAAAAUUUAGUAAAGUCAUGUUAGAUCUAUUAAAAAAAUUGAAAGUGAAUCAACUUAAUACAGAUCAAAUUUUGUUGGAACACCAGAAUACAUCUCACCUGAAAUGCUCAAUAAUAGUAGAGCAUCUAAAGAGGCUGAUUUAUGGGCUCUUGGUUGUAUUGUGUAUGAAGUAUUAUUGUAAUAAUUAUCUAGUUUUAUCAUGGAAAAUAACCUUUCACUGAUAUUAGUGAAAAUGCUAUUUUUAAUAAUAUCUUAACUCUCAAUUAUGAAUUAGAUAAUUCAAUACCAUAAUCUGCUUAAGAUCUUAUUAGAUCUUUAUUGGUAUUGAAUCCAUCUGAAAGAUUAGGAUAAGAAGAUACUUAAUUGAUUAUUUAACAUUAAUAUUUUUAAGAUAUUAAAUAGGAUUAUAUUCCUUGGCAAACUGAAAUAUAGAUUCCCUUUGAAUAUAAAGAUUUAUUUUAAGAGAUUAUACCUAGUUAAAGUAAAUCAAGUAUUUUAUGGGAGUUUACACCUGCAAAUAUUUAGAUGAAAUAAGAAUUAGUUAAGAAAAAAUAAGAUAGAUUAAAAACAAUAAUGGAAGAGCUUGAUGAAGCUGUAACACCUAUUCCAAAUGGAUUAAUAAGACCAUAAAAAAUUCACUGCUCUCCAAAUUAACCAAUUUUUAAACCUGAACGAACUAUAAAUCAAUCUUCAAGUAAUUAGGAAAUGGAAUCUCAUUGUAAUUCAGUAUUUAAGCAUUUUGACAAAUGCGUUGGUUUUAUUUAUUUGAACACAAAUAGAUGGUUCUGUAUACCUUAAAUUGCAAUACUUUUUGGAUAUUUAAAGCCUCCCUGUUUAUUGAUAGAUUUUAUUAAAGGAGAAAAAAAAUAUUUACCUAUUGAUGAUACAAUAAAGAUAUCAAAUGACGGUGUUCAUUAUGUACAUACUUUAGAAAUUAUAAGGUGUUAGAAUCUUCCUCGUUUUUUUAUAAAUUUAAAGAUGCUGAAGCAAAGCCUAUAAAUUGGAUCCAGGUAGUUCAAUCAAUAAAAGAUGAAUAUCUUAAUCAAUGA